AUAUUUUUCAUUAUUAAAAAUAAUAUGAAUAAGUGGCGUUAGAUCCGGCUAUGGUGGCUCGAUUCUUCUGUAUGAGGGAAUCGGAAAGUUAAUUUAACUGGGAUUAAAAUCAAAGCAACUUGGAGCACAUGCUCAGCACGUCAAGCACUGAAUCUAAGCAACGUACUUCGUCGACUUAUCCAGUGCGAUGAGAAGCUUGUAAUAUCGUUCUCCAUGCGAAUACACAGUGCUUUCCUUUGUCUACUGCUCGCAAUGUGUCUGCUGUCCUCAAUCAUGAACACCAUUGGCUAUCGACUCGUCAAGCGGCAUCAUCGAAAGCGCAUGGCGUGGCCUCAAAACCUUUACGCAGACUUUGCUGCUAUCAAUAGUGCAGCUGGAAGAGAAGUUGAAAGCCAAAGCCCCUUGACGGAUCCAUCUGGAAGCAGUGGAGGAGCCGCAGGAGGAGGGAAUGAUGCUGGCGGAGCAGGUUGCGCUGAAUCAAAUACCGACAAACAAUGUGAUGUGAAAAAAAUAUUUACUCCCGGUGAUCCCAAGCAAAAGUCCUCCAGCAUAGCCAUGAAGGCGGCACAGGAUGCGAAGGCAGCUAACGAGGCGCAGCACGCAGCCGGCCAAUUGGCUGCCCAGCACAUCAAGCAGGAGCUGGCCGAAAAGGCAUUCCAGUCAGCCAAGGCAGCCGAAGCGGCGCUCACCGGCAAGCAAAUGGUUGUCCAGCAGUUGGAACAGGAAAUGCAGGAGGCCAAUGCUGUUGUGGAAGAGGAGACUGUCUCGCUUCAAAACACGGAGGCCAACAUGAAUGCCGCAAUAGAGGCGGCUCGCGCCGCCACGAGCCAGUUUGAGGCGCUCACCGCACUCCACAAGACGAUCAAAGAGAAUCUGAGCAACAUUCAGACUGUGGCCAUGGGCUCACAGCAGGAAAUGACCGCCAAGGUGCAGCUGCUCGAGGCGGCCAGGAAUCGUUUGGGGACCCUGUCAAAGCAGCUUCACAGCGCACGCGAGGACUACGAAAAGACCAAACAGGCGGCAUAUAAAGCAGCCUGCGCUGCAGUCGAGGCCAAGCAAAAGGCCUCCGCCAGCACCUUCCGACAGCGACGCAGCCGAAGAACUCACAACUACCUGCCACUCGAUAUACAUUCGAUUAUUUAGCCUACAAUGCCAUUAUUUUAUAUUUUUUAAGAAAUAAUUAAAAGUUUAAAUU